AUGUUGGAAGCUAAGCCAGGCCAAGAACUAGAGUGGGACCAUGAGGGGGCUGAUGUAGAAGUCUGUGGAAGACUGUUGCCUCUGCACAGCUACCACCUCUGUGAGAUUGUUGAGAAAGAAAACUAUCUCACCACCCAGGCAUUCAAAUCAGAGACCAGGAGGCCAUCCCUUGACCCUCCAAUUCCCUCACACUUUGUGUCCAAUCAGUCAACAAGUCCUGUCACAUACAUCUCCUUAACUUUUGUCUCUCCCCACCUCACCUUCAGUGAUGCUGCCUCAGUUCAGCAUCCACCAUCAUCUCCUGGGAUUCCUCGAGACUCACUGAGUGCAGUCCUUUCUGAUUUAAUGCAAGCCAGCCUCUGUCCAGAAUGUCUAACUGAGGUUGGAUUGAUAGAGACAGUCGCAAUUGCAGCUGGACCAGCCAACUGGGAAUCUGACAUGGUGACUACAGCUUCUAUUUAUCUGUAGGAAGCCACAGAAAAAAGAUUUUUUUUCAAAAAUGUAUCAAUAUUAAUUCCAGAGAAGUGGAAGAACAAAACUCAAUACAAGAGGCCAAAACAUGAAAGUUACAAACACAUAAGAGCUGAUGUUUUAGUUGCACCACCUACCCUCCCAGGUAGAGAUGAACCAUACACCAAGCAGUUCACAGCCUGUGAAGAAAAAGGAGAAUACAUUCAUUUCACCCCCGACUUUGUACUUGGGAAAAAACAAAAUGAAUUUGGUCCCCCGGGGAAAGUGUUUGUCCACGAGUGGGCCCAUCUCCGCUGGGGAGUGUUUGAUGAGUACAAUGAUGAUGAGCCUUUCUACAGCACUAACUCAAAGAAAAUUGAAGCAAGAUGUUCUACAGGAAUUUCUGGUGUAAAUAGAGUUUAUAAGUGUCGAGAAAACAGCUGUGUAACUCAAUGCAAAACUGAUUCUAAGACAAAACUGUAUGAAAAAGAUUGUCAAUUCUUCCCUGAUAAAUAUCAAACUGAAAACACAUCCAUAAUGUUUAUGCAAGAUAUUGAUUCUAUUAUUGAAUUCUGUAAUGAAAAGAACCAUAACCGAGAAGCUCCAAGCCUACUAAAUAAAAUGUGCAAUUCCAGAAGCACGUGGGAGGUGAUCAGCAAUUCUGAGGAUUUUAAAGACACUGUGUCUAUGGUGGAACCACCCCCUCCACCUGUCUUCUCAUUGCUGAGGAUCAGUGAAAGAACUGUAUGCUUAGUUCUUGAUAAGUCUGAAAGCAUGACGAUUUUUAAUCGCCUAAAUCGAAUGAACCAAGCAGCGAAACAUUUCCUGCUGCGGACCGUUGAAAAUGGACCCUGGGUGGGGAUAGUUGACUUUGAUAGUACUGCUCACAUCAAAAGCAAACUAAUCCAAAUAAUAAGUGUCAAUGAAAGAAGAAAGCUCUUGGAGAGCUUACCUACAGAAGCCUCAGGAGGAAUUUCCCUCUGCUCUGGAAUUGAAUCUGCUUUUCAGGUAAUUAGAGAAAUAUAUCACCAAAUAGAUGGAUCUGAAAUAAUACUGGUGGUUGCUGGGGUGGAUAAAAGUGUAACAAAUUGCAUGGACGUGAAACAAAGUGGAGUCAUUGUUCCUUCUAUCACUUUGGGGCCACAUGCUGAUCAAGCAAUCAUAGAAAUGAGCACUAUAACAGGAGGAACUCAUGCCUAUGCUACAGAUCAAGUUCAAAGCAACGGCCUCAUUGAUGCUUUCAGGACCUUUGGGUUAGGAAACACCAAUCUGUCCCAGCAGUCUCUUCAGCUUGAAAGUAAGAGAUUAACACUCAACAGUAAUGGAUGGAUGAAUGGCACUGUACUAAUUGAUAGCACUGUGGGAAAGAACACAUUCUUUCUUGUCACAUGGGACAAACAGCCUCCUGUUAUUUCUCUCUGGGAUCUCAAUGGAACAUCAAUGGAAAGUUUCACAGUGGACAAAGAUUCCAAAAUGGCCUAUCUCAGUAUUCCAGGAACUGCAAAGGUGGGUGUUUGGACUUAUACUCUUCAAGCAAAAGCAAACCCAGAAACAUUAACUGUCACAGUAAACUCUCAGGCAGCAAAUUCUUCUGUGCCUCCAAUCUCAGUGAAUGCUAGAAUGAAUAAAGACACAGACACCUUCCCCAGCCCAAUGAUUGUUUAAGCAGCAAUUCUACAAGGGUAUAUACCCAUUCUUGGAGCCAAUGUGACUGCCUUCAUUGAAUCAAAUAACGGGAAUACAGACGUUUUGGAACUUUUGGAUAAUGGUGCAGGUGCUGAUUCUUUCAAGAAUGAUGGAGUCUACUCCAGAUAUUUUACUACUUAUAAAGAAAAUGGCAGAUAUAGCUUAAAAGUUCAGGUUUAUGGAGAAACAAACACCGUUAUGAGAAGCUUAAGGCGUCCACCGAAUAGGGCCACGUACAUACCUGGCUGGGCAGUUGAUGGGAAAAUUGAAGAGAAUCCACCAAGACCUGAAAUUGAUGAGGACACUCAGACAAACUUGGAGAGUUUCACCAGAAUGGCAUCUGGAGGUGCAUUUGUGGUUUCAAAUGUUUCAAAAUUUCCCUUACCUGAACUCUACCCACCAAGUCAAACCACAGACCUUGAAGUUACACCUGAUGCGGAUGAGAUCAGAAUAACAUGGACAGCACCAGGAGAUGAUUUUGAUGUUGGAAAAGUUCAACAUUAUAUCAUAAGAAUACGUGGAAGUAUCCUGGAUCUAAGGGAUAAUUUUGAUGAUGCUCUGCAAGUAAACACUACUGAUCUGUUACAAAACAAGGCCAACUCCAAGGAAACCUUUGCAUUCAAACCAGGGAAUAUCUCAGAAGAAAAUGCAACCCGCAUAUUCAUUGCCAUUCAAAGUGUGGAUAAAAGCAAUUUGACAUCAAAAGUAUCCAACAUUGCACAAGUGGCUUUGUUUAUACCUCAAGCAUGUCCCAGUCCUGGUGAAAGUCAUCCAAAUCCCAGAGUUAACAUUUCUCCCUUGGUAUUGUCAGUGGUUGGAUCUGUUACAAUUGUUAGUGUUAUUUUAAGUGCCACUAUUUGCAUUUUAAAAAAGAAAAAAAGUGCAAUUAGAUCAAGGACUGGAUUUUAA